AUGGUUCGUAAAAAAUCAGCAGCAGUUAAAGCAAGAACACGUAAAAGAACUUAUGAACGAAAAAAAACUCAAGAUCGUGUUAGUCGUUCAUGGCGCAAAUUACUUUUAAUUGUAACAGCUGUUAAUAAAUUUUUACGUUUUAGACGUUGGGAUAUUGCACUUGCUUGUUCAACGUCUGAUUUAAAUACUUCACAAUCAAAUAAAAUAUUUUUGAAUAAUGUUAGUUUUGUUCAGAAAGAUAUGGAAUCUACAUAUGUCAAUAAAACUGAUGCUACGAAUUAUUUAGAAGAUUUGAAUGUUGUUCAGGCCACUAUAAAAACUCUGAUUUCAAAAGAUAAUUUAUUUCGUAAAAGAGAAAGUGAACGUGUAACUGUAAUAUUCCAAAAAAAAUAUACGAAUAACAGUAAUUUUCGUGAGAAAGAAAAAACUCGAUCAAGAACACAUGGUUUAGAAAAAUAUCGAAAAUAUGUUUCAUUUCGUCAAGAAAAAAAACAGCGAUCGAAAACUUAUAUUUUAAAUAAAUAUCAUAAUAAUUCUGAUUUUCGAAAUCGUACAAAAACUGAGGUUUUAAGAAAAUAUUAUACUGAUAAUUCAAUACGAUUGAAAAUGAUUCAGCGUGCAUUGAACUCGUAUCGUAGUGACAAUACAUUGAUGAAACGAAAUUCAAGACGUCUUUAUAAUCAACGUAAACGUAUUUUAAAAAAAUAUACUAUCAUUCAAAGUCAUAAAUGUACAAUAAAACAUAGAGAUUUAUAUAUAAAUAGCUUGAAUAGAUUUCGACAAAUAAUUCGAGAAGGACCUGAUUAUAUUUGUAUAUCAUGUCGAUUAGCACUUUUUCGUAAUCAAGUAAUGCCAUUCGUUGAAGAAAAAUAUAUAAAACAAAACAUGACGAAUGAAAUAAAAAAACAUAUUCAAUCUUACUUUGACUAUUCAUCAUCAAAAGAACAAAAAUGGAUUUGUAAAUUAUGUUUAGAUAAAAUUAAAAAAAAACAAAUGCCAAGUCGAGCAAUUAUGAAUAAGCUGAAAGUAUGUGAAGUUCUAUCUGAAUUAAAAAAGUUAAAUAAUCUUGAAAAACAUUUAAUUGCUUUACGAUUACCAUUCAUGAAAGUUAUAAAUUUAACAUCAGGUAAAUUAUCAAGUAGAUUAGCACAAAAAGGUACUAAAGGGUGUGGGUGUGGGUGUGGGUGUGUGGGGUGUGGGUGGGUGUGGGUGUGUGUGGGUGUGGUGGGUGUGGGUGUAGGUGGGUGGGUGUGGGUGUGGAUGUGGGUGUGGGUGUAACAACCGAUCUUAAGACAAACUCACACCCACACCCCACACCCCACAUCCACACCCACACCCACCCACACCCACACCCCACUCACACCCACCCACACCCACCCACACCCACCCACACCCCACACCCAACUGGAAAGUUCAGUCUCAAUGCAUGGAUCCAUUCAUUUGACUUUGAUUCUUUACUAUCAUAGUCGAAAUGCUCCCCUUCGGUUAUAAGACGGAAGACUUCUUUCUAGUACAGCUGUCCAGAAAGCAAAAGAUGCAUGGUUCGAUUUUUUGCGAAGUAUACAUGAUAGAUCAGAUCAUAACGACAAAAACCCUACAAACAUGCUGGAGGACCCCGAUGGAACAGGAAUAGUUGUAAAGUCGUAAAAUCAUUAAUAGUUAAAUAGUCGUAGAACAGUUGAAAAGUCAUUACAACUUAACGAGUUCUACACUACUACUGUCUUCCUUAUAACAUUUACAAGAGUUAUUUUUUCGAAUAAGUUUUUCUAGCAUAGACAUAUGUAAAAAAUAUCGACUCUUUCAGCUAAGUAUUAAUUAACAACCUAAUUACCGAAUAUCUCUGUGAUGAUGCAAGAAGAGCCUGUUGAGACUCAAUUCUUCCCUAUGCGCUACCCUUUUGAAGUUAUGAUCGUUACACUGAAUUUUUUACCUGUGGUACAGUAUUUAUUAAAAAAACCGGACAAAUAAAUUUUAACGGAAAUUUUUAGCAGAUUCUAAUGACUUCAAGAAUUGUCUAUAGGCAAA